CUGGAAUCUUCUCACAGUGUUUGUGGAAAUAAUUGUUGUUCCUGUAUCACAUUAUCCUCCUUUGUCUAACUUAAUGGAUCCAUUUUGAAGGAAGUAAACCGCCCGCGCUCCAGCAACCAAAGAACAUCUCUUGAGAAUCAGUGAACAUGUUGGCCGCAGUGAUCUGGAUCUCCAUUGUGGGACUCGCCAUCGGCCGACCGUCUUUGAAUCACCUGGAAAACGAGUCUGAAGAAGUGCGCUCGGAGGCCAUCAAGAGGCUUUUGGAGGUGUUUGGGAUGGAGGAUCCUCCUGCUGCUUUGGUUCGAGGACACAAACAGCCUCCUCAGUACAUGCUGGACCUGUACAACACCAUCGCGGAUGUGGAUGGAGUCACCAAAGACCCGACGCUCCUGGAGGGAAACACCGUUCGCAGCUUCUUCGAUAAACUGCACAGCGACCAAAUCGAGUAUCUCUUCAACAUGUCUACGGUGGCUAAGAGUGAGAAGAUCCUCACGGCUGAGCUUCAUCUGUUCAAGCUCCGACCACAAGCGUCGCUUACGUUCAACAGGCAUCACUUCUGUCAGGUGAGUGUCUAUCAGAUUCUUGAUAGCAGCAAGAAGAACGUCUCACAAGGGAAGAAGCUUCUUUCAUCCAGGCUGGUGCCCAUCCAUUCCAGCGGCUGGGAGGUUUUUACCAUUACUCAAGCUGUUCGCUCCUGGAUGACAGAUGAGGGCAGUAAUUUGGGUCUCCUGGUCUCAGUCAGGACUUUAGCAGGUCUUCAGACGGAUCUGAAAACCGUGCGUUUUGCAUCGGGUCGUAACCACCAUCACAGUAAACAGCCCAUGCUGGUCCUCUUCACUGAUGAUGGCAGACGGGCUGCUUCUUUGGAAAUCAUACCUAAAGAUUCAGAUGAUUCUCCCGUUAGACCCAGUCUCCCGUUUCCCAGCCUCCCUAUCUCAGCAACGGCCCGUCGUAGCGCUCGCUCACUUGACUACGAUGAAAGCGGAGAGAAGAUGCCGUGUCAGCGUCUGCCACUCUACGUGGACUUUGAAGAGAUCGGCUGGUCGGGGUGGAUCGUGUCUCCGCGCGGAUACAACGCGUACCACUGCAAAGGCUCCUGUCCGUUUCCCCUGGGUCAAAACAUGAGACCAACCAACCACGCCACGGUCCAGUCCAUCAUCAACGCCCUCAAACUGACCAAAGGCAUCGAGACGCCCUGCUGCGUGCCUGACAAACUCUUCAGCAUUAACCUGCUGUACUUUGACGACGAUGAGAACGUGGUGCUGAAGCAGUAUGAUGAUAUGGUGGCCGGCAGCUGCGGCUGUCACUGACAGACCUCGUUCAUGCUCCGAGCUCAGUCACAAAUCUGGACUGGACUUUUGUGGCAGGAUGGGAUUGUAAAAUAUGUAAAUAGAUAUCAAAUUUUAAUAUAUGGAGGAG